UCUUCCUGUUAUGUCUGGCUGCUGGGGGAGCAUGACACAGCCCCCUCCCUCCUCCUUCCCCGGUGAGCGUGCAGACAGUCUGGAUCCAGACGGAGACGCACGCGGACGCACCGACUGACGGACCUCCGGCCUCACGGACCCGGGCAGCGGAUCACAGCCGAGCGGAGAGCGCCGAGCCUCGGUGACCAUGUCGGUGCUCGGCCCCGCCCCCAGCAGCGCGGACGCCUGCCUCAGCAUCGUCCACAGCCUGAUGUGCCACCGGCAGGGGGGCGAGAACGAGGGCUUCGCCAAGCGUGCUAUUGAGAGUUUGGUGAAGAAGCUGAAGGAGAAGAAGGACGAACUGGACUCGCUCAUCACCGCCGUCACCACCAACGGCGUCCAUCCCAGCAAGUGCGUCACCAUCCAGAGGACGCUGGACGGCCGGCUGCAGGUAGCGGGUAGGAAAGGUUUCCCUCAUGUGAUCUACGCCCGCCUGUGGCGUUGGCCCGAUCUCCACAAGAACGAGCUGAAGCACGUCAAGUUCUGUCAGUUUGCCUUUGACCUGAAGUACGACAGCGUGUGUGUGAACCCCUACCACUACGAGCGGGUGGCAUCCCCCACUGUUGCAGGUCCUCAGUCUCUGAUAAAGGAGGAGUUCAUGCAGGAGUGUCUGCAGAUCGACCUGCCGCCCCACGCCGACCCCUACAGCCACCCUCGGGCUGUCAGCAUGUAUCCCAGCAUGCCUCUGUCUCCUCCAGGCAGCAGCUCCAUGACGCCUGCCGCUCUGACCGCCGGGCGGGUCGGCGGUGGUCCAGAUGGUCCCGGCCUCCUUCAGAUCGCCCCGCCUCAGAACCAUGGGGGGCGGGCUUCACCACCUCAUCCAAAUCCCCCUCACACUCCCCAGCCCCAUACCCCAGCCUCCCCACACCAGCAGAGCCCCGAGUACAGCAGCCCCCACAAGCCUGCCUCCUGGACAGGUAACAGCCCCGCCCCCUACAGCUCUGCGGGACCUCAGCACAGUGGGCGGGGACACCAGCCACAGCCACCAUUACAUCACCAUCACCACGCGCCCAACACUCACUUCUGGUCACAACAUCACAGCAGCGCUCCGUAUCCACAGCCAGUGUCCAACCACCCAGGUCCAGAGUUCUGGUGCUCCAUCUCCUACUUCGAGCUGGACAUUCAGGUCGGCGAGAUGUUUAAGGUCCUGUCCAGCUGUCCCCUGGUGACGGUGGACGGUUACGUGGAUCCUUCGGGGGGAGAUCGUUUCUGUUUGGGACAGCUGAGCAACGUCCACCGUACAGCCGCCAGCCACCGCGCCAGGCUUCACAUCGGCCGGGGGGUUCAGCUGGAGUGUCGGGGGGAGGGGGACGUGUGGAUGCGUUGCCUUAGCGACCACUCAGUGUUCGUCCAGAGUUUCUACCUGGACCGGGAGGCGGGCCGAGCGCCGGGCGACGGCGUUCAUAAGAUCUACCCCGGAGCGUACAUCAAGGUGUUUGACCUGCGGCAAUGCCACAGGCAGAUGCAGCAGCAGGCGGCGGCGGCUCAGGCAGCUGUGGAGACUCAGGCGGCCGCGGUUGUGGGUGCGAUUCCCGGCCCAAACAGCGUGGGAGGGAUUGCCCCCGCUGUCAGUGUGUGCUCAGCAGCGGGUCUGGGCGUGGAUGAUCUGCGCAGGUUGUGUAUCGUGCGACUGAGCUUCGUUAAAGGCUGGGGGUGCGACUACCCGCGGCAGAGCAUCAAAGACACCCCCUGCUGGCUGGAGGUCCACCUGCACCGAGCGCUGCAGCUGCUCGACCAGGUGCUGCACACGCUGCCCCCGCGAGAGCACACCCACUAAAACCCCCAGGAUUCAGAAGCUCCGCCCACAAACACACUGCAGCAGGUCAUUGGUCGGUUCAGACGGGUUUCAGACGAUCAGACAAUCACGGCGUCUCAUCCCUGCUGUCAUUCAAGUUAGUUUCUAUGGAAACCAGCGUGGCACAGUAAAGGGUCAGUUCACACAAAUCAUCAUCAGGUAUCUGCUCCAUCACCCCUACUGACUUGUUAAACUAUGGGUUUUAAGCCCCGCCCCCUCCAUGAGUGGACUCACCCUUUAACCCCAAAGUCAGAAAUCAGCUGAUUACCAAAAACAAAACCAUCUUCAUCAUCGUCAUCUUCCUCCUCCUGUCAUUUUUUUCUUUUUUUGUUCUUUUUAACUCAACCGAGUUUUUUAUUUAUCCGAUUAUCGACCAAAGAGCCAUUCCUUUUCCUCCGUUGACAUCAUGUCCUGUUUACGCUCUGGUUCAGCUCCCUCUGACGCUCACAUUAUUUAUUCUGUCAUGUGCUUCAUUUUAAAGGCUUUUAUACUGAAAGGGUGAAAAGUCUCUGAUGGAAAGAAAAUAAAUCAGAGCUUCAUCUUCGUUUCUGAACAUUGCAUUCAUGAUUUCACUCUUUGUUUGAAUCCUUCAGAAACUUUAUUAUAAAUAAACUCUGGUCAUGA